AUGGGAAUAGACACAAACGGCAUUCUUCAGCGGAUUCAGCAGCACUUCUUCCUCCAAACAAAUUCAUCUUUAGGUUCAGUGAGAACUGAUUGUACACGGGUCCAACGUGUAAUCUAUAGGUCUUUACGUUUGUUUGAAAUAACAUUAGAAAUGAGAGCAGUUUUUGAUGUUGUUGCACAGAAGCCAAUAUCUAAAGCUAAAGGUGAAUCUGCGAUCCUUCAGGAAUCAAUCAUCAAAGAGGUUAAUGAAAAUCCCAAAGCUGGAUGGAAAGCUGCAUUCACUCUUCGAUUCUCAAAUUUCACAGUUUCCCAAUUUAAGCUCCUACUCGGAGUUAAGCCCCCAAGAGAAGGUGAUUUGGAGGGAAUUCAUGUUCUAACUUAUCCAAAGUUUAAGGAGUUGCCAAAAGAGUUUGAUGCGCGAAAGGCUUAGCCUUAAUGCAGCACAAUUGGAAGAAUUCUUCAUCAGGGACAUUGCAGUUUUUGUUGGGCUUUUGGUGCUGUUGAAUCGCUUUCUGAUCUUUUAUGUAUUCACUAUGGUUUGAAUAUAUCUCUAUCUGUAAAUAAUGUAUUAGUGUGUACUGGCUUUUUAUGUGGGAAAGGCUGUAAUGGCAGAUAUCCCAUAAGUGCAUGGCAAUACUUUGUCCGCAAGGGUGUGGUCACAGAAAAGAUAUUCUGCAGGAGUGCCCUUACACUUACUAGCGCAAACCUCAGCGGACAACCCAUUAGUAUAGACAUCAAACAUUUUGAGAACCUUUGGGAGCACUGUACAUCUGUCUAUGAUGGUGGAAUUCUCCCUGCUAGGCGAGCUGGAUCGACAGUGUUGGAUCUUACUAAGCUGGGGAAGUAUAAGAUUUUAAGACCUGGGAGGUAA